CCUUCGUGUGCCUUCCGGUCAAGGACUUUCUUUCAAUACGUUUACUUUCUUACUCUCCUUUUUCUAAUUCAAUCAUUUACACCACUGCCGGGCAGCCACACAUAUCCUAUUCAUUCAAUCAUUCACGAUGCGGUUUUCCUUCGCUGCUCAAGCCGUCGUCCUCGGCCUUCUUGCUUCUCAGCCGGUCGUGGCUGAUCUGGUCGAUUUCAGUGCUGCGGAUGUAGCUCGUCGAUUCGUCGGUGGUCCCGCGAACGCCGCGUCAAACUACGUCAACGCUCUCUCCUUGGACCGCCGUCAAGGCAAGGGCAAGGGAGGAGGUGGUGGAGGCAAAGGGAAGGGUAAUGCUGGCGGCGCUGGUGGAGCUGGUGCAGCUGGCGGCGCGGGAGGUGCGGGAGGAGCUGGGGCGGCCGGAGCAGCUGCUGCGGGUGGAGCGGGCAAAGGAAAGGGAAAGAAUAAUGCCGCGAACGCUGCCCAAGCGAAUGCCGCCAAUGCCAAUGCCAAUGCCAACAAUGCGAAUGCGAAUGCGAACGCCAACAACGCGAAUGCUAAUGCUAAUGCUGCGAACGCUGCGAAUGCUGCAAAUGCUGCGAAUGCCGCCAACGCGAACAACGCCGCCAACGCAAAUGCCGCCAACGCAAAUGCCAACGCGAACGCGAACGCUAAUGCUAAUGCCGCGAAUGCUGCAAAUGCCGCCAACGCAAAUGCGAAUAACGCGAAUGCAAACGCGAACAACGCAAAUGCCAAUGCGAACGCCAACAACGCAAACGCAAAUGCCGCAAAUGCCAACAACGCGAACGCCAACGCUGCGAACGCCAACGCUGCGAACGCCAAUGCUGCGAAUGCCAACGCCGCGGCGGCGAACUGCGCUGCUAUAAACGCUGCUGCGACCAACGCGACGGCUGCGGCUACGGACUGAGUAGGUUAGUAGUGAAGCUGCAGGCAGCAUUGCGGAAGGAAGGUCGAUCAGCAUGCGGUGGAAGGGGACAGACAUGAGUGACACACCUUCACGGUGCUUUCUACUGUGGUGGGCUGCGGACCCAAGGCAGUGAGUGGCUUCACGGACAUUCAUUCGGACUGGUGGAGUCCCUCUUUUUUCAAAACCAUAUACCCUCUUUACGAAAUUACAUGAAGAAAAGUCGAUAUUUGCCACUCAUUCU